UGACAUUUGCCUGCAAACGGCAUUACGGCGGCAUCUACCACACAUCUCGCCUCGGUUAUCUUUCGUUGUACACGAAAAAAAUGGAAUAUCAGCCGUUUUUGUCCGGCCCGUGCAAUUUUUCACAAAAUUUUAUCAAUUAAUUAACUUUUUUGCAUAAUAUUCUAAGCGAAAAAUGAAGAAAAACAACUAAAAUCUAUGCAUAAAUAAAAGUUUAAAGGAAAUCAACAAAAUUACCAAGCAAAAAAGCUAGAAAAAGUCGGUGUAAAAGUUUUUUUUUUUGCGAAAUAGAAGGCAAAUGGUAGAAAAGAAGGCGAAAGAAAGCGAGACUACGACGACGACGAUCGGCAGCAUAUAGAGUGGGGACGAUUGGAGGCAGCAUUGUGGAUUUUUUGGAUUUCUAAGCCACAAAUGCAUGGCGUUCAAGCUGAAUAUGUUUGCAAAAAAUGCCCAGAAAUGCUGCAAAGAAAGCGAAUAAAAAUACAAAAAGUCUUCCGAUAUCAGUGAAGUUUCUAACAACAAAAGUUAAUAAUAAAAAGAAAAGAAAUCUUAACAACAAGAGCAAACACAACAACAACAAAAAGACGAAAAAGAAGAAGAACCUAAACAAUAGCGAUACAAAUAAACAUAAUCAAAAGCAAAAGGAAUCACAGCAACAACAACAACGCGGCCAAAAACGUAAGAAAGCGCUAAAACAACCUGCAAAUGCUAGAAUAGUAACCGAAUCUACUUCCACUAGCUUUGCUGCUGAUAACAACGAUGCUGAUGACGACGAUUGUGAUGCUAAUUCCACAACAGCAGUAACACCUUUAACAAGACCAACUGCAGCAACAACAACAACAGCACCCACAGAAAGGUGUAAAUUCACAAUUAAUUCACAAGACUUAAAAGUUUUAUCGUCGUCAACGACGUCGUUUUCGUCUGGUCUCAGCCAAACAACGCUGUCAUCAAAUCGCUCAAGCGUUAACACUGUGGAUGCUGAUCAAACUUGUGGUGUUGGUGGUGGUGGUGUGAAACACAGUCCAGCAACUGCUACCAGUCAACGAGGAGUAGAGAAGCAAAAACCCCAGCAACAACAAAAUACCAUUUUAAAAUAUUUGAAAAAUCAAAGAAAUUCCAAAAAUAAUUUAGGAGACAACAACGCUGACGACGUUGUUGGUCUUGGAUCUGCUGAGGAAACGUCCAACAUAGACAUUCAUAAUAAUAAGGAGAAGGAUAAAGUGCAAGUGGCAACAACAACUUUAUUGUCAAUUACAACAGCAACAGAAAUAUCAGUAGCUGCAGCAUCAUCUCCAGCAUUGCCGCUGGCAACAACAACAACAGCAACAAACCAACGUCAAUGUCGUUUAUCUACAUUGUAUCCCAUUGUUAUUGAAACUCAUAUAUCAGAAAGUCAAAGUUUGGCCGGAGAGGUCAAAACAACAACCCCUACCACAGCAGCAGCAACAACAACAAAACAUUCCAUUUCAAAUACAAAUACAACUGGAAAUUGUUCAACAAAUUCUGCAAUUGUUUUGAAAACAAGUGAUACAACAACUGCACUUGACACCACAUUAUCGAAACAAACAGCAGGCGCCGACGACGCCACCAAACAAAUAUUGCAAAAUAAAUCGCCUUCGCCGCAGCAGCAGCCAGCGAAACGUCGCAAACGGCGUUACUUCCAUCAGCCACACGAGGUUAAAGCCCGUUUAGAUAGUUUAAGGACAAGAAAAGCUCCCGGCGACACAGAACAGCAGCAGCAAAAAACACAGCAGGAGCAACAACAACAACAGCCACACAAAGUUGACAAAAGUUUAGAGAUUUCACAAAAAUCCACUGCUCUUGUACAGGACAUCGCUAAACAGCAACAGCAACAACCAGAAGCUGGCAAUAAAUAUAAAUUCUUACAAGCGCCGGAUACGGAAGAGACAUCAAGGAAAAGAGUAUUUCCAAUACUUGAUGUGGCAACAUUGAAUCGCAUUGAGACCUUGAGCGAUAACGAAGUUAAGAAACCUGCCAGCAAGCGAAAACGUAGCCAAACAGCUGCCCUAUUAGGAUUUAAUAUACCAACAACUUUACGUUCGCGACGUGUUACAGCAACAGCCCAGGCAGCGGUUAUUGUUGCGGCAGCAGCAGCUGCUGCAGCGGCCAGUGCAGCAACAAGUGGCUGUGGCAUUGGUGUUGGUUUGAGAACAACACCCUCUAUUGCUGGUGGUGGCGGUGGAGGAGGUCUAGUGGUACAAAAACGCCAACAGCAAUUAGCAGGCGGUGGUGAUUUUCUAAAACCCCUACCCAUUGAAGCAGGAAUUACGAAUUCCAAAAAACGGCCACGCAUUAUGUCUCUCUAUGAGCGUCCCUAUCAAACGGCCAAUGAUGGUCGAGGUGGUAGUUCGAGCCUGGUCAGCAAUGGCUAUAUGUCAACAAGUCGUUCCAGUUCAUCGGGUGGUGCUGGCAUGCCAAUGAUUAUGAGUGACUCGAAUGAUAGUCAGGACAUGACCAAUGCAUAUUAUCUAACAGGAAACAGUGGUUCCGGCAUUGCAGGCAGUUCCAGUGCCUCAUCAGCAGCGGCAGCAGCAUUACUCGGCAAUGGUGGUGGCGUUGGCAUUGCCCUAAAUCAUGCCCCCACCAUGGGUACCCUGUGCAACAUUGGCAACACCUGCUAUCUUAAUUCGGUGGUGUAUACCCUGCGUUUUGCUCCACAAUUUCUGCACAAUCUCCAUCACCUGUUAACGGAUUUGAAUGCCCUGCAACAGAACAUUGCCCGGGCGCGUUCAAAAUCGUCUUCCUUGGGCCGCGGCAUAAGUGCUGUGCACAUUGAAAAUGCUCGCAGUUGGAGUAGCAAAGAUUUAGCCUCCAUGGAACAAUAUGCUGGCAGCAAUGCAGCCCCGAAUCCCAUUGUGAAUGCAUCGACACCAUCAUCCGGACCGUCAUCAUCCUCAGCUCUGUCGCAAGUCACCCAGAAGAGCAGCCAUCAGAUAUUGACGGAAAAACUGCAUGAGCUCUAUCAGAGUUUGUAUCGCAAUGAAAUGAGCGAGUCCAUGGAACCCUAUCAUGCCGAUACCCUGCUGCAUGCCAUCCAAGAUGUGAGCAGCAUUUUUGAGGGCAAUCAACAACAGGAUGCCCAUGAGUUUUUAAUGUGUCUGCUGAACAGUAUUAGGGAAACAAAUCAGACUCUAAUCAAGGCCAUAGCGGAAUGUCCAGAUGUGAUAUUAAAUGGAUAUAUUUCCAAUCCCGAGGAUACCGAACGUGAUAUUAAACAAUCCAAUAACAGCACCAGCAGCAGUGGCGGCAUCAUCAGCAACAGCAAUCACAUUUCUGUCACCUCAGCCCUUAGCUCGCUAACAUCCAACUCCAAGUCAUCGUCGUUUUUCUCGCGCAAAUCCAAGCGAAAAGAUGAAACAAAAAAUUCCAAAAAUUCCCGCCUUCAAUCUCCGCUUAAAGAUAACCAAAUAGCUGGCAAUAUAACGCCUCAAUCGAAUAGUCUAUUCUAUUUGAAUACGAAUGAUCUCAAUUCAACGGCGGCAGCGGGAGUAACAUCUACAUCGCCACCAUCCGCAGGAGGAGGAGUGGGUGUUUCCGUGGCGACCGGAGGUGGAUCAUCCUCAUUGGCAUCUCCAUCGAAUUCAACUGCGACGACGGCCGGCAAUGGUGGUGAUGAAUUAGAUGCUGCCGGCGCGUCCUCCUCCUCCAAUUCGACGGCUGUGUCUCUACUGCUCAAGGAUAAACAACGUUUGGAGAGUAAAAUACGUGAAUUGGGUUUGGAUUUCUUCAAUGAUGACUUCGAGGGCAUAACCGUGUCGACAACCAAAUGUCUUAGCUGUGAAACAAUAACGGAACAAAAAGAAACAAUGAUCGAUAUUGCUGUACCUGUUCCGCAAGCGGGUUACGAGAGCAACGAAUACAAUACAGAUAGGCCGAGUUCGUUUAUACAGAACUCUUGCAUAACAAGUGAACGUUUUCGCAACGAAAACAAAUAUCGCUGUGAACAAUGCUGUGGUUAUACCGAAGCUAUACGAUCUAUAUCCUAUGAGGUCUUGCCACGUUUGUUAAUCAUCCAACUGAGUCGUUUCUCCGGUGGCAUGGAGAAAAUCAACAGCUACAUUCCCACAUCAUUUACGUUGCAAUGUUUUUGUUCGAAAUGCUGUGAACUGAGCGAUGCCAACAAGUUGCACAUCUACAAGCUGUACAGUGUUAUUACGCAUGUGGGCGCCACCAUGUCUGUGGGCCAUUACAUUGCCUAUACCUGUUCUUUGGACUGGGCCAAUGAAUACAUUAACUGUCCUAAAGAGCAGCGGCGAAGAGCUAGUCAAGAGAGAGCUGCUGCAGCGGCGGCGGCGGCUGCUGCCAUGAAUGGCAGCGGUGGUACGACAUUAACAUCAAAUCCCAUGCAGCAGGCGGGUUCAACAUCGUCCACAACGAAUGCGAAUAAUGUGGGCUCCUCCAAUAAUUCAUCGUCCUCCUCGGGUACAACAAGUUUUAUGAAAAUUAUGAAAUUUGGACGCAGCAAAGCUUCGAGCAGCGGAGAUAUGAGUAAACAUGUUAAGCAUCUGAAUGGCCUGACAUCUAGUGGUGGCAGUGGCAGUGGCAGCGGCAGCGGUGGUGGCAGUAAGGCCAUUACAAAUGGUAUUGGUAAGUUAAGUAUGAAUAAUACAAAUUCCGCCGGCGGAACAUCAUCAGCAGCGUCGUCAUCAGCCUCAGCGUCUUGCGCAUCGUCAACGACAUGUCCCAGCAUUAAUUGUUGUGCCAUGCGUCUGACGGCCCAACAACAAAUGCACUAUGUCCAUGCGAAUCAACAGAAUAACAUCAAUGAUUUCAACGAGGACUCCAGUGGCUAUACGAAUGGUGUGACGUCGUCGGGUUAUUCUUCUUCGAACUACAACAACAAUAUGCAGCAACAGCCUCCCUACAACAGUGGCAGUAGUAAUAAUUCAUCGGGCUAUGGUAGUACUGGUCGGUCCGGCACCAAGGCCUCGUAUGCCUCCUCACAACAACAGCUACACAACGGCUCCGAACCGAUAUGGUAUAUGUGUGAUGAUGACAAAAUCAAGGCAAUGACCCAGCGAGAAUUCGAGGAGCUCUUAUCGCCGGCCAGAAAAAUAACAAUUACACCAUAUUUGUUAUUCUAUGCCCGUUAUAAUCUGCAAUCCUCCUCACCACCCAAAUCGGCGGGAUCGUCAUCAUCGCCCGGCCCCGUAACAUCAUCGCCGCAGGCUUCAUGGUCCAAUGAGAGUUUGCAAAGUUCGGGUCACAGUGCCCACAGUAGUGGUAUGCGUAUGUGAGGUAUAAUGAUGACAGCAACGGGAAAACUUAAAUAUAAGAGCAAUACAUUGAUGAAUAGUAAUAAUAAUAACAAUUAUAAUAAUAAUAACAACAACAACAGCAGCAACAACAAUAGUAACCAUGCAAGUAAAAGCCUGAUAAAAUGCAAUUGUAAAGAGCAGGUAAUUUAAGUUUUUAUUAGUGAUGCAAGUAAAAGAAAACACACACACAGAACAAAAGUUUCAAAAGAACAAAAAAGGCAACAACAUGUGAAUGUAAAAAAUAAGAAAAAUAUUGACCCCAUAAAGUAUGCAACAAAUUUUGUUUUGCCCCCAUAAUUCGCUGUAACAAAAAGAAACUCAUACCCAAAUACUCUUUUAUGUGAGUCUUGGCGCAGAAGGUUGUAUUCCAGCACGUUUUGGUGGAUGGAUCAAAAAAUCAGGCCUCAAUGUGGUCGUAUGAGUUCCGCAAAGACUCCCAUUAAGAAUAAAACCCUGGCAAGAAAAGCUUUUAAAUUCAUUAAUUUGGCCAUGGAAACCUUUCAAAGGCUUUCCCUCAAUAAAUUGCUAGAAAAACCUUUAAACGUAGCAUAGUUGGCGAUAUAGUUCUUUGAAGUUUUCUAAGCAUUUCAAGGAUUUUCUCUUGCCAGUAGAAGCCUAUCGAGGACUUUCUCCUCCUGACAGAAAAACUUCAAAGGCAUUUUUUUGUCGGUAGGAGACGUUCAAGUGCUGCCUUCUGUUCUCAAGGACUAUCUGAUGUUCUUUCCUUCCCCCCAUUAAGAAUGAAACCCCUGAAAGAACUUAUAUUAAAGAAUAAUAAUUUUUAAAUGUCUUCUACUGGCUAUGGAAACCUUUCAAAGGCUUUCCCUCAAUAAAUUGCUAGAAAAAAACUUUAAACGUAGCAUAGUUGGCGAUAUAGUUCUCUAAAGCUUUCUAAGCAUUUCAAGGAUUUUCUCUUGCCAGUAGAAUCCUAUCAAGGACUUUCUCUUUCCGAUAGAAAAACCUUCAAAGGCGUUCUUUUGUCGGUAGAAGACUUUCAAGGGCUUUCUGUCUUCAAGGUUUAUCUUAUGUCCUUUCCUUCCUCCAAUAAGGAAUGAAACCCCUAAAAGAACUUCUAUUAAAAAUAGAAUUUUUAAAUUUAUUCUAUUGGCCAUGGAAACCUUUUAAAGGCUUUCCAUCAAGAAAUUCUUUUGAAAAAGAAAGAUUCUCUUCCCUUUCUAUUGAAAAAAGAGGCCUAAAAGUUAAGGGCUUUGAUUGAUAGAAACCUUUAAAGGUUACAUAAUUGGCGAUAUAAUUCGUUAAAGGCUUCUAAGCAUUUCCAGGACUUCCCCUAACCAAUAGAAGCUUUUCAAGGACUUUCUUUUUCCGACAAAAAACCUUUAAAGGCAUUCUUUUGUCGGUAGGCGAACUUCAAGGGUCAUUUGUCGUUCUUCCUAUUGCUAAUAUACGUCUUUCAAUGGCCAUCUAUUGUCGAUAAAAGCUCUUCAAGGACCACCUAUUGUCCAUGGAUACCCAUUAAGGGUAGACUACCUUCUAGAGUCAUAUAUAUUUUCAUAAACAACCUUUAAGGGUCAUCUAUUGUCUGUAGACUCCCAUCUAGAAUCAUUUAUUUUCCAUAGAUGUCCUUCAAAGUCCAUAUAUUGGCAAUAGAGUGCUUUUUAGCGGCAUCGACUGCUAACAGACGCCCUUCAUGUACCAUCUACUGCCAAUAGAACCCUUUCAAGGGCCAUCUAUUGCGAAGAGAUGUCCUUCAAAUGUCACCUACUGUCAAUAGACGCUUUUUUGCCGAAUCUUUUGUGCUUACACACCUUUCAAAGGCCAUAUAUAGUCAUGCCAAUAAACUUCCUUUAAGCGCCUCCUUUUGCUAAAAUACGCCCUUCAUGUUUCAUCUAUUGGCGAUAAAAGUCCUUCAAGGGUGCCCUAUUUUCAAUAGACUCCCUUUAAGCACCUUUCAGCUUUCAAAGGCCAUAUUGCCAUGCCAGUAGACUUCCUUUAUGUUUCAUCUACUGCCGAUAGAAUUCUUUCAAGAGCCCCCUAUUUUCAAUAGAAUCCCUUAAAGCGCCAUAUAUUUUCAGUAGACCCCCCUCUAGGGUCAUCUAUUCCCACAGAUGUCCUUUAAAAGCCAUAUAUUUUCAAUGGACUCUCUUUAUGCGCGUCCUAAUGACAUCAGAAGCCCUUCUUGUUCCAUUUGUUUUUAAAAUAUAUUACCUUCAAGAGCCACCUACUGCCAAUAGACUCCAUUUAAGUGUAAUCGAUUGCCGAAUCGAUGAUAUUCAAUCGCCAUAUAUUGCAGAUAGAAGCCCUUCAAAUUCCACCAAUUGCCAAUAGACACCCUCUAAGGGGGGUAUCCUAUUGUAAGUAGACUCCCUUUAAGUGCCACCCAUUUGCAAUAGAUGUCCUUCAUGUUCCAUUUGCUGAAAAUAUAUGCCCUUCAAAUGCCAUCUAAUGCUAAAAGAACUUUUAUUUAUUUACAAAAAUAUAUUUUUUAUUUUUAUAAAGAUAUUGGUGACGUGGGAAAUAGAAGAUUGUGGGAAUAGAGGAAGAUGUGAAGAAUUGACUAUGAAUUUUUUAAUGCAUUUAUUUAAUUCUCUUUUAGAAGGGUAUCUAAGGUAGAAGGUCUUGUAUUUCCAUUAGAAUGCAAUUAAAAGGGCGUCUAAUUUGAAAAGGCUGCUUAAAAAGGGCUUUUUCCAUUAAAGAUUUUCUAAAGUCGUUUAUUUACAGUAGAGGUCUUCAAAAUGCCAUUUUGUUUAAUUGAGGACUUUUUUAUGGUCAUGGGUUCAGGUUUCAUUUACCAAUUUUAUAACGGCGUUUAAUGUCAGUGGACUCCCUUCAACGUUGUCUAUUUAUUUAUAUUAAAUUAACAAAGUUACCUAGCCCAUAUGGCCAUGGACGGUUCCAAAAAAACUUCUAUACAUGACUACUCUAAAUACUCUUGAAACGACAUCUACUGCCAAUAGAUGUUCUGUAAGUGUAAUCUAUUGCCCAUAGAAAUCCCUCAAAGGCCAGCUAUUGCCAAUAGAUGCCCUUCAAGGAUCAAAUAUUAUCAAUAGAAACCACCUAGAGGCCUUCUAUUAUCGUUAAAUUCGACUAAAACUUGCUUUCUAUUUCCGAUAGCAAAGCUCUUUGAAAGCACUUCUUUCUAUAAGUGUAAUCUGUUGUCCAUGAAAACCUCUCAAACGCCACCUAUUUUCAAUAGAUUUCCAAUCAAGGAUCAAAUAUUAUCAAUUGAAACCACUUAGAGGUGUUCUUUUAUCGUUAAAUUCUACUAAGAGUUGCUUUACAUUUCCGAUAGCAAAGCUCUUUUAAAGCACUUCUUUCUAUAAGUGUAAUCUGUUGUCCAUGAAAACCACCCCUCAAAGGCCAUCUAUUGCCAAUAGAUGCCCUUUAAGGAUCAAAUAUUAUCAAUUAAAACUUCUUUCUUCACUUCUUUCUUCUAUAAGUGUAAUCUAUUGGCCAUGGAAGCCCCUCAAAGGACACCUAUUGCCAAUAGACGCCCUUCAAGGAUCAAAUAUUAUGAAUAGAAACCACCUAGAGGCCUUCUGUUUUCCUUGAAUUUUACUUAGGCUUUAUAUUUCCGAUAGCUUCAAAAGAGCUUUUGAAGCAUUUCUUUUUCCGACCGAAGUCAAAAUGCGGUAUGGGCCUGCGGAAGGUCAUCUAAUGAAAUCAUAUUUUCUUGUCGUUUUUAAGUAAAAAAACUUUUGCAGGCUUUUUUUAAAGAAUGCUCCUUAAAGUAUGCAACAAUUCCUGGUCAAAUGGGUUAUGUGUUUUUUUCUAGACAAUGAUUAAAUAUUUAAUAAUUUUUUACAAUAUUUUUCAAACCAAUAUUCAAUAUUAUGGGGAAAAGCAAAACAACCACAUGUCAUUCCUUCAGAACCUCCCUUCUGCAAAACCCCUAUAUUAAACAUGAAACACGUAUUAUAUUGUUUGUGUAAAAGAAACAACAAAACAUAACAUGUAUGUACGUAUGAUGUUGAUAUGUUUUAUAUUUUUAAAAAGUGUUUUUUUUUUCAAAAUAAAAGAAAAACCUAAAACAAUUGAUACGACUAUAUACAAUUUCUAUGACCCUAGCUAUACAUAAAAUAAUAAUAUAUAUAUUAAAAAAAAAAUAUUAAUAUUUGGACUGAUUUGUGACAUACAUUGUUAUGGACUACAUUUAAACUUAACUAUUAAAAGGCAAAAAAAAAGCAAACAAAACAAAAAAUUAAUAAUUCAAACAACACACACACAAGAAUAAAAUAUAAAAAAACGUAAAAGAUUCACAAAAAAAUCAAAUAUAAUGUAGAAAAAACCCACACACACAAUUGUUAUUGUUUAUUAUAUACAAAAAACAAUAUAAUUAUAUAAAAAUGGCUUGUUCGUUUUUCUACGUUCAAUCAUCCAUCCAAUCGUUAAUGAUAUUAUGAUUUCAAAUUUUUAUUUCAAAUAAAAUAAAAAAAAAAACAAACAAAAACAGGCUUUAAGUAUUGUUUAUUAUUUUUAUAACUCACUCAUUUUAAGCAUUUUUUCGAUUAAUAGUGUUUUCUCUUAUAUAUAUAAAAAAAAAGUUUAUAAAAUACAAAAAUCAAACAAAAAAUACUAAUAUUUUAGCAUAGCUCUCUUUCUUAAUUUUAAUUAAUAAUUUCUAAUAACCUUUGGCUUUAAUUUAAAUUUUAAGAAAAAAAAAUAUGUAAGCUGUAAAUCAAAUGGAAAUUUGCAACAAAAUUAUAAUUGUACUAAACAACAACAAAAAAUAAAAGAAAACACAAUAACAAUAAUA